UUUCUUUUCUAUAAAAAAUUCUCUCUACUGUCAUAAAACUAACAUACACAUAAAUAGUAUAAUUUUGUUUUAGGUUAACUUUAUCUUUAUUUUUUAAAAUAAUUUUUUUUUGUUGGAUUAACAAAUCUUGAGCUUAUAAUGGUGAACGAGAAAAAACUUAAUCGGUGUGGAAGCUUCCAUAUUCGUUAUUUAGAAUUAUGUCGAGCGAAAAACUAUCCACCUAAUCCAGCAAUUAAAUCAAAAAACAAUGCAACAUCAAUUUUAGAUUUCUUCGGAGACAAACUUAAGGUUGAAGAUUGGCUAUUUGUAAUUGAGUCGUUGCGUUUUGAUAAAAUUGUACAACAUUUAGCAAUUCGUUUAAGAAAAAAUAUUGGAAAUGUUAUUGAACACAUUGAUAGUGAGAAAAAGGCAAAGGUUUUUAGACAAAAACCGGCGGUCUAUACGAAGUAUAUAUUUGGAGGAAUUAUUGAUGCGGUCACUUAUAGUAUUCAAUUCAAUAAGAACCUUACAAUUCUUUGUUUGGAGGCUCUUCCAAUGAAUGAAAAUUAUGCUGUCUCUAUAGCAAAGGCCCUUUCAAGCAACACGCAAUUGAAAAAAAUAAGUUUUCAAAGGUCACCCGUUGGUGAUAAGGGUUGCGAAGCUAUUUGUUCGUCCAUUAAAUGUCUCCCUUCAAUUGAGACCCUCGAUUUGUCUGAAUGUAAUUUGACAGUUCUAGCUGCUGGUCAUAUCGGAGAUAUGAUUAAGUUUCAAAAAAUCUGUAGAUACUCGGAAGGCUGGCAAAAAUCAUUGCGAUAUCAAGAUGUAGAUCCAAAUACGAUCUCAGGUCUUCGUGUCAUCUUAUUAGCUAGAAAUCCAAAUAUAACUGAUGAUGGAGUGAGAAUAAUUUCUGAAGUGCUCAAAGAAGAUGUUUGGAUUAAAAUUAUUGACAUGGAGAAUUGUGGAAUAACGGAUAUUGGAGCAAACCUUAUAUCAGACUGCCUUGCUAUAAAUGAAUCAAUUAUCGACUUCAAUAUCAAAAACAAUAUUGAGGUGAGUAAAUUUAUCCACAGAAAUAUUCGCCAACAACUCGGAAAGGAUGAUGAUAAUUCAGAAGAAAGUGAAGAAAAACUAUCAUCAACAAAAGUAUCGAUGUCAAAGCUUAAGGAACGUCUUAAGUUUAUGGAAGAACAAUUGGCAUCGGAAAAGGUCUUACGCAAGCAAGUUGAACAUUUGAAUGAAAAACUGCACAAUCAAAUUGUUGCCUAUGAAAAUCAACUAGCAGAAAGUAAGGAACUGGAGAUUCCAGAAGGUUAUGUCUUAGUAAAGAAUGAUUCCUUGGACUCAAUUAUCAAUGAAAAUGACCUGUAUAAUGAAGCAUCUCAUAUCAAAGAACAGUCCAAAGCAAAGAAUUAUUUGAGAAAAAUUAACAAAAUAAGAAAAGUUAAGAGUGAAAUGAAAUAUAAACAAGAAGGAACAUCUAAAAAAAUUUCAAAAUCCGACUACAAGUUUAAUAACAAUGAUCGCCAAAAAGCCGUUAUUUUCGAAAAGAAUAUUGGAGAUAACUUGAACACUAACUGUAUAGAAUUAAAUUUGACGGCAAGAGUUGAAAAAAGUAGCAAGGAUUUUGAAAAUAAUCAUACAGCGACAUCUUCUGAGAAUGAAGAAAUAAUCGGUGAAGCAGAACCCUUUAAAGUUUUUAUGCGCAAAAAGCAACCAAUAUUAGUUCAGAAUAAAUGUCCUUCCCCAAGGUCUCUAUUCUUAGGCCUCAGUUAAGAUUUUUGAACUGUGAUAUGAUCCAAAUUAUAAUUUUGUGUCUUAAUAAAAAUACAAAAAAAAUAAAUACAAACAAAAUAA